GUGGGGUGUUCUAUGAACUGGUACAGAGCAACGUUUAUUGACCGCGUGACAGGGCUGUCACCAGUCGAGACUUGACCCGGACAAUCUGUGGCAGAGGUGGCAGCCCUAACAGACCCUCUCGGCUACCCACUUCACGUCACUCAGUAACCCACCCACCCACUUACUCAAAUAGCCGCAACAUCACCGCUACUUUCACAAUUUGGCAGGAAAACAAAAUCAGAAUUUGCCUCCCUCGGCAUACACAUAUAACAACAGUAUGUUGUGCAAAUCUCAUGAGGUUCACGGCCGCCACGGAGUGCAUAUUAUCAGCAGCAUUGCGUCCACAGCAGACACACUCUAGACCGGUUUUGACAUCAAUGUCUCAUCAGCAGGGUCGCGUCCUUGAAUUCUACCGGGUGAAGCGAUGGGGCUGUGGGUCAGUGCGCUUACCAUUGCACCACCACUCCCCUUUUCUUCCCCGCCAUACCUAAAUAAAUAAAUACACACGUUAAAUUAGGCAACCUUAAGGCUCAGCGUCCCCGGAUGUACAGAUGAGGGGGCGGAUUUGUAACUCACCGCACGCAGACAGAGACGCGCAGAGAGAGAGACGCGCAGAGACAAAACCGCGUAGACAUUGCCACGUGGAUAGACAGAGGCGGAGACGGGGAGACACAGAAGCUCGGGGCAUGCGGAGGACUCGCUUCAUACGUUACUGCGCCCGGGAGGAUGAAGACAAACGCCCCGAGACCACGCGACUCCAAGACACAGACCAUGAGCUUCAUGGGCCACCUGGCGGGCCAGGUGCUGGUGACGGUGCGCGACCUCUACAAGGGCCUGAACCCUGCGACGCUCACGGGCUGCAUCGACGUGAUCGUGGUGCGGCGCGCCGACGGAUCGCUCGCCUGCUCGCCCUUCCACGUGCGCUUCGGCAAACUCGGCGUGCUCAGCUCCCGUGAGAAAGUGGUGGAUAUUGAGGUGAAUGGUUUCCCCGUGGAUCUGCAGAUGAAGCUGGGGGACAAUGGGGAGGCGUUCUUUGUGCUCGAGACAGACGAGGGGGAGCUUCCUUCCCACCUCUCCACGUCUCCCAUCCCCAUGGGCGGAGCCGGCCCACUGAGCCAGCAGCACGCCACCCCGCCCCCCUCCACCACCCCCCCAGGACCACAGCAGGGCGAUCUGUCCAAUGCCGCGGGUAGCACGGUCGCUAUGGAGAUGCUCAAGCGGCAGAGGAUGAGGAGGAGGGAGGACGAGGUGGGGGGAGGAGACUCCACGGACGAAGAGGACGAGGAUGAUGAUGACGGGGAGGGGGGGCGCGGACGAGGGGGCGACGGGGGAGGCAUGUUCAACUUGGAACUCAGCCCCGACGAGGAGGAGAAGGUGGAAGAGCGUGAGCCUGAAGACUCCUCGUCGGCGAGGAAGAGGAAGGAGAGAAGGAAGAGGGGGUUUGUGCCGAGUCAGGGGGAGCACCGUGUGAGAGCCCCCACCUUCAUCGCGAGCCAGAAGACGGUGUCAGACGGAGAGUGGAGUCCCACGCCGAGUCCCUCGUGCAGCCCCAAGAGCGACUCGGAGCUGAGCGUCCACCCCACAGGCGAGCGGCGCAUGUCGGCCAUGGAGCAGCACAUGCAGUGGGCCUGGGGUGGCUUCCCCAGGGCGGCGCUGCAGAACCGGCCCUCGGUGAAUGGGAAGCAGCGAAAGGCAGAGAGGUCCAGAUUUCAAUCCCGCAGAGGAGCUCAGUGCUCCUGGGCGACCAUGGAAUCAUCAUCAGCAGCAGCAGGAUCAUCAGUAGCAGUUUCAGCACAAGCAAAUGGAACAAUAUCAGCAGGGCCAAAAACACUUGAAUCAGCGGCUCGAAUUAAAACAUCAUCAUUAUCAAAAACAAAAACAACAGUAGAAACAUCAUCAGCAGCAACAGGUUCAUUAUCAUCAACAGCAGCAACCACCACCACAGCAAGACAAGCAAAAGGAACAGCAGCAGUAGCAGCACCAUCACCGUCAGCAUCACCAGCAGCAGAAUCUGCAGCUGCACCAAUAGUAUUGGAAGCUUCAGUGAAAUCAUCAUCAGCAGCAGCAGCAUCAGCAGAUCAGACGGGCGACUCACCGGGCGACCCGCUGGGUGACUCAUUGGGUGACUCAUUGGGUGGCUCAUUGGGUGACUCAUUGGGUGACUCAUUUGGUGACAAGCCGGGUGACUCAUUGGGUGACUCAUUGGGUGACUCAUUGGGUGACUCAUUGGGUGACUCACCGAGCAACCCACUGGGUGACUCAUUGGGUGACUCAUUGGGUGACAAGCCGGGUGACUCAUUGGGUGACUCAUUGGGUGACUCACGGGGCGACCCGCCGGGCGACGUGCCAGUGGAGUCGCCGGGCGACGUGCCGGUGAUCAUGAUCGAGCGAGCCCAGACUGCUGCUGCUGCCACCAGCAGGGUCCGGCAAAUGCCGGCCCCCCAGAGCUCCGAAGGGACCCAGAGCCCCUACGGUGCGGCGGGUGGGACCCCCAGGGCCCCCCUCGUGUCAUGGGACUCGGUGUACGAGGAUGCGGUGGAGGUGGGGGAUGCUGCCGGUGUUGCGAUGGGCAGUGGGAGAGAGAAGCACGCGGCGGAUGAGGCUUGGGGUCAGCCGAGCGUCUCAGGGGAGGCGCCCCCCUCAAUCGUCGUUGCCGGCGGUGACGACGGCGUCACGCGUUCCAUGACGAGGCCGGCGAGCUUGCCCCUGGCGGACCCCCCGCGGCCCCCCCAUGGGGGCAGCCCCCCCGACGGCGCGGACUGCCCGUGGGACUCCCUCCUGGGCCCCCCCGGGGGGCCCCGCAUCGCGCUGUCGCUGUGCGGGGGGCUGGGCGACACGGGGCAGCUCACGGAAGAGCGGUUCCGCGAGCGCCGCGUCGCCUUCCUGGAUCUGUGCGAGAACCCGGAGCUGCUCAGCGACCCGCAGCUCGUGGUGAAGAUCGGCAACAGCUAUUACAGCUGGGCAGUGGCGGCUCCCAUCCUGCUCUCCGUUCACGCCUUCGGGAGGCAGCUGCCACAGGCGUGCGUGGACCGCCUGGUGAGGGAGAAGAUGUCCCGCUCGUCAUAUCGCUGGUGGUUCUCAUGGGGACGCCGUGACAACACAGCGCUGGACUCACCGGGGAGGGGCGAAGUGUCGAGCACCCCCAAUGGCACCGAGUCAACCUCCAGCACCAGCGCAGCCUCCCCCAUACACAGCGCCUCCCACGAGGAUUCCCCGCUGGAGGUGAAGGGACCCCCACAAAUGCCGACGCUGAAACCGCCCCCCACCUCCCCGCUGGACACGCGCCCCCCCGCGCCGACGUUCCGCAAGACGCUGCGUCUCUCCUCGCAGCAGCUCGCCAGCCUGGGGCUGCGGCCGGGCAUCAACGAGGUGCGUUUCAGCGUGACCACGCCGUUCCAGGGGACGACCCAGUGCCAGGGCACGCUCCACCUGUGGGACUGGGACUCACGUGUCAUCAUCUCCGACAUCGACGGCACCAUCACCAAGUCGGAUGUUCUCGGCCAGAUCUUGCCAAAGCUGGGCAAGGACUGGACGCAUGAGGGCAUAGCUCGCCUCUUCCACCGCAUCCACCAGAACGGAUACAAGUUCCUGUACUGCUCAGCGCGUGCGAUCGGCAUGGCACACACGACACGCGGCUACCUGCAGGGCGUGAGCGAGCAGGGCGCCAUGCUGCCACGCGGACCCCUGCUGCUCUCGCCCAGCAGCCUCUUCGCUGUCCUGCACAGGGAGGUUAUCGAGAAGAAGCCGGAGCGGUUCAAGAUCGAGUGUCUGCGUGACAUCGGCCGCCUCUUCCACCCCACCCCGGAGCCCUUCUACGCCGCGUUCGGCAACAGGGCCAACGACGUGUUGGCCUACAGGGAGGUGGGGGUGGCUGAGCCGAGGAUCUUCACGGUGAACCCCCGCGGGGAGCUGGUGCAGGAGCACGCACGCACAGACAAGUCUUCGUACGGGAAGCUGCAUGACGUGGUGGACCACGUGUUCCCACGGCUGCCGACGGGGAGGGGAGGCGGAGCGGGGGAGGGGCCCCCCAGCACAGCCUCCUGAGCGACCCGGAGACUCCCGAAGGCCCCCACCUCGGCCUGCUCCCUGCACCUCCUCACGCCUCUGCCCUGCUUUCCUCGAUCCUCCACGGCCUCGCGUCACCGACACGCACGACCUCCCUCCCUACUUCCCACCUCCUCAUCCUCCCUCCACCCACCAGCUCAUCCACCACCUCCUCUACUGCCCACCUCCUCAUCCGCCCUACACACACCACCUGUAACUCCUCGCACCUCCUCCCACCUCUACCAUCACUGCUCAAUUGUCUACAUCCUCACAUCGCCUCCACCCUCCACCUCAUCCUUAACCUCCUGCCCACCUCCACCCACCACCACCUCAUCCUUAACCUCCUGCCCACCUCCACCC